AAUUUUUAUUCCAACUGGUUUUAUAUAGUACAUUUUUAAUUGCUUGGUACUAUUAAAUAUUCUAGGUAGUACAGUUCAACUGACAGUUUAUAAAAAUGACUACACAUACAGCCUUACAAAUAUACGCGGUAUAAAGUUUAACUUAGGAAUAAACUGAGUAUAAGCAAAUGUUAGUAAAAUUUUGUUUAUACUCAGUUUAUUUCUAAGAUUAACUUUAUACUGCAUUCAUUUGUAAGGCUAAUAAGUUUUAACUCUGCAAUUUGACUGUGUGACCCUUAACUUAGUGUCCAGUACGACAAACAAUUAAUUUAAAAAAUCUACUGAUAGCUCAGCAAACUAGCGUUUAUAGAAAAUUACGAGAUUUUGAUUUUAGUGUCAAAACUCAAAAGUAGUGGUACCAGAGCAACUAUCAGUCUGGCGACAACACAAGGCCUUGCAGAACAAUGUGUGUGAUGCAGAAAACAGAUUGAAGCAAUCAGAAGAAAUGUUGCAACAACUAAUGGAUAAAAUUGAAACAAGAAUGUCACAGCGUAAUAUAUCUUUUCAAAAGAUACAAGAUCUCCAGCGCAGAGUGUCGCUGCUUCAGCGUGUUAUUGAGGAGUUGAAAUCUAAGAAGGACAAUUUUGAAGAAACCGCAACUAUUGCUAAUUCUUUGUGCCAUGUUAAAGAUGAUGGUGAUAUUCAGACUAAGGUAGAUAGGUGUGUAGCAGUGAUGCAGCGGCGCGGCUCGCAGGUGUCCACUGCUGCCUCCCUCUCCCUCGCCUCUAUCGCAAACCCCGCAGCCUGCUCCUCCGCCAUGUCCACUCAAAGUGAAUUCAACGAUAAUGAAGACGAGGUGUCAUCUCUGCUGUACUGCGGCGCGGCGGCGUGGGCGCAGCUGCGGGAGCGCCGCGCAGCACUAGCUAAUGCUAUUGCUGCAGCUAAACUUGAAAAUAGGAGUAAUGAUCGCGAUAUACGUAUAACCCCUCAGUCGGUGAUCACGCACUCGGCCAGCCUGCAUUGCACCCUCGCCCUCGAGCUCAUGAAGAAUAGACUACACAUCGAUCAUAUACAAGCUAGAUUAACUAACGCCGUCACACAGUUAAAUGACUGUCUUUCAGGUGAGAAUUGUGAACUUUUAGUACUGAAGUGUGAGAAAGAACAAUCCGAGGCCAAAGUGAAUGCUUUGAAAGUUCUACUGCAGGAGUUAAAUACGAAGACUGGAAUAUUCCACACAAAUGAUGUAAUAAUUGACACACAAAAACCAAUACAGCAGAUUGCAGUUAUUGAUAAAUCUAUUGAAUCAAAAAGAGAAGAAUUAAUGUGGUUGAUAGGUUCCCUGUCAAUGAUGGAGAAAAAAAUAUACAAUGCUAAAGAAUGUCUCCUUACCGUCUUUAAUAAUCUGAGAAAAGAUCUGCCUGCGAACGAAAAUUAUAUCAAUAAAGGAAUACAACUAGAUUUUCCCAAGGAACAGUUAUCUACUCUGCGUCAAUAUUAUGAGGAAAGGCGAGAAAAACGCAGAUCGAAACAAGAAUUAAGUCUAGAUAUGGAUCUAUCGGAAAACUCAUUCAGUGAUGUUUCUAGUGAUCCAAGAUUCGUCGAUGAAUUGAAAAUUUACUUGAACAAAUUUAAAUUGGAGCUGAACAGGAAACUUGUAUUAGAAAGUGGUGAGAAAAUCUGGAUAUUUGAAACUAUACAAGCUUUGAUCAGUCGACUACAGUCACAAUGGUUAUCAGAAGACAUGUCCUGUUCCCUGCUGCCUCCCUCCUCUGGUCUCAACAGCUUGCGUCAAUUGCUACAGGAUGUUGACACUAAGUGUACACUUGAAGCUAUUGUAAGACAAAGUAAUGGUGUUAGAGUAAAGGAUUUUUCGUUAGAUAUAAAAUCAAUAAUCGAAGAAGAAGCACAAAGGGUUGACAGAAUGAAAAAGCAAAUGGCGCGAAACCAGUUGGCAUUAACACAGAGUAUUAAAGCUCUAGAUACAGGAAUGGAUAAUUUAAAAUUCUGGAGCGACAAUGACUUGAAGAAAUACAUAUCUAGUAACCGAACUGUAGAUGGAAAGACGUACAAAGAAUAUGAAUCUGCAUAUUUAGAAAGUCUUAGCUUAAGUAUUUAAUUCCCAGCAAUUAAAUAAAUGGUUUUUGUAUUAUAA